CAGAAACAAGUUAGCCAACGAACAAGAAACAACAACAAAAAGCUUGUGUGGCAAAACAAAUAAUCAAAAUGUAGUAAAAACAAAGAAGGCAACCUUUAGUAGAUUGCAAGAAGGAAAUAAUAAUAGCAGAAGAGCACGACAACAUUACAGUUGCGCAACAAUCAAGACCAAUAGAAGCAACAAUAGCAAUAAAGAUACACAACAUUAGCCAAUAAAGUAGAAGAGAAAAAGAGCAAUUCGUUGGGGAUGAGAUAUGUAGGGAUAGGGGUGGAGCUGGAAGGAUCUGGUUUUGUGUUGUUUUCCUUCAUAUUUCUUUCUAUUGCCACUUGUCCUGAAUUUACAUUGUUGCUUUGCAUUUCAGCUACACCAUCCAAGAAGCUGAAACUUAGUCAAGGAAGCGAUGAUCCUGAAAAGUACCUUGUCAUUCUCGACCUGAUGCUUGCUAACGAAUAUAUGGACUCCAACAAGUCUCUAGAGCCAUUAUAUGCCGAUGUUAUGCAACAAGCUGGCAGUUCCGAAUCCCAGAUUACUUCAUACCUCACCUAUAUCUUCUUUGCGUGGCUCACCAAAGAGCAAGCUAAAAAGUUGUCUUUUGAUGAUCGUGUGUUCGAAGUAUCCCCGGAGGGGGUGUAUGUGCCUCCAAAAUCUCGUAAUGGCAUCGCUUGAUGAUCUUUCAAGAUAGCGGAGGACUGAAGUUAAUAGUUUAUGCAUGGUCAGUGUGUUUAAGUUGUGUGUCAUGACUCAUAGGUAUGGUUUUAUGCACCAAUACCUCAGUGGCUUGUUAAAAGUCUAAAUAUCACUCAACAAGUUUUUGAAUCAAUGAUCUGUACUCUGGCAACAAUGGUUGUUAUUUGAAAUAUUUGUAUGCCAAAUGUAUGUAUGAUUGUAUGAAUGGUUUAAUAUGUUCGGUCCGGGUGUGGUCUUCACCUUAUUAGGUCUGGUAUUUGGUUCAUGCAUUGGCUCUUAUUCGUUCC